UUGCACUGACAGCAGGAUAUGAUGAUGUGCGGGGAGCGGAACAGGAAGAGACGCAGCGAACCAACCGCAGCAGUAGGUGACCUGAGCUUGGCAUUGGACAGGGACAAGAUAAAUCAUGGGGCGACACUUCGGAGACCUUGCAAAAGUCCGUCAUAUCAUCACCUUCACCUUGUCCCCAUUUGAACAGAGAUCGUUUGCGAACGCCAUAUCCAAGGGGAUCCCCAAUGUGUGGCGGAGGUUCAGCUCAAAUGCGCUCACAGUGCUGCCACCCUUUUUUUUGGCAUAUUUAGUGUAUAAUUGGGGAACACGAGAACAUCUGAGACUUAAGAAGAAGGACCCCUCUGUGUAUGACAAUGACCAGUAAAGCAGCCAGAACUGGGGCAUUACACACCGCCUGUGACUCUUCCCUUGUACUGUCUAAAGGAAUAUUUAUUGGGAUGUGUAAUAACUUUCCUCAUAAUAAAGAUGUUUCACACUGA